UUUCCGGAAAAGACGUUUCCUUGUCUGUCAUAUGCGAAGCAUAGGGGAAGAAGGAGAAUUUAUCUGCAGACACAAAAAACACAUAACGACUCUCGUGUCGCCCUGAGAACAGCGUCGCUGGUGUUUAUAACUGACAGCCAUGAUCCGCAGCUCGCAGCUGUGUGGAUGCUAAGGCUACAGGCGCUUUUCGGCUCCGUUCGCAGGGUCCUCGUCGCCGUGUGGCUUUGCGGCGAUGAGCGCGGAUCUUCUGACGCUCUCCGACCUGGACAGUCGCUUCUUCGCCGACAACCUCCUGACGAGCGAAGACUGGGAUGCCUGUCUGUACCAGUGUGAGAGCAUGGAGGAGGGCGAGGAUGGAGACUUCAGCAGAGAGACGAAAUACGACACGUCGUUCGACAAUGACCUCGUGCUCACCCUCGACCCUGACAACCCCACGUCGCCAUGGCAACACCUUGACGACAGCCUGCUCACAGGAGAAGCUCCAGUGGUAAAAGCUGACAUGACCAUAACGCAGCCGCUGCCCGUGGAAAUGUUGUUCCAGGUAAAAGCAGAACCUCCGUCUCCUGCGUCCUCGCUCGGGUCGGACUGCUCCGCGUCGUCUCCAGAACCUCAGAUCCCAGUCAAGGGUGAAAACCCUCCGACUCCUCCGUACAUGUACGGAGACGUGCUCUCACCCCCACUUGGCUCCCUGGAGGUUACCGUGGCGACGACAACCGUCCCCCCACCACAGACGCAGAUUCCUCCAGUAACGCAGACCUCUGCCGUCAUCAGCAGCAUCCAGACGCAGGCGACAGUUCUGCCGGCCUCCACAUUAAAGGCCAGCACCAUCCUCAGCUCCAAAACUCCCAUCCAGCCCAGACCCGUGUGUGUCGCCACCCUCCCGGUCCCUCAGACACCAGCACCAGCCAAGACUCUCAUACUGCAGGGCCUGCCCUCCAUGGACCAGGCCAGACCUGUCGUCCUCUCUCCGUCCGUCUGUCUCAGUUCUGCUCCAGCCAUCGUCAAGAUGGAGCCCGUCUCUCCCAGCAUCCCCCAGCACUGCUCCAGCCCCACAGCCCCUCCCAACAGCAAACCCAUCGUCCCAGCGACCAGCACGUUACCUGGCAACAGCUCCAACGAUAUCGACAUGAAGGUUCUGAAGCGGCAGCAGAGGAUGAUAAAGAACAGAGAGUCGGCCUGCCAGUCGAGGAAGAAGAAGAAGGAGUACCUGCAGAACUUGGAGGCUCAGCUGAGGGAGGCCCAGCAGGAAAAUGAACGACUGCGCAGGGAGAACCAGGCGCUGAGAGAAAGACUGGCUGGAAAAGAGGGCAGCGACUCAGCCGGUAACAGGAGAGCCAUCUGUGUCAUGGCCGUCCUGCUGUUCAUGACCUUCAGCUUCGGACCCGUCAGCAUCACAGACAGGAAGCUGUCGGCCGACCUACAGGAAGGCGUGGUGUCAUACACAGGACGACGCCUGCUGGAGGAAGCCGCACAUGCUCCCAGCGGAGCGGAGGACAAGACCGAGCCCGAGGAGGACGGAGACGCAGAGAGAUACGCAGCAGAGCCCUACCCGUUCAGGAACCUGAGUGACGUCUUCAGUGACAUGAAGGAGCUGGUUCUUCAGGACAUUGACCGUUACUUCAGCUCCUCCGACUGCAGACAGUUCAACCGCUCCGAGUCUCUCCGGCUGGCAGAUGAGCUGAGGGGUUGGGUUCAGCGACAUCAGAUCGACCGUAAAAAGUCUGGAGGGAAACCAAAGAUCGCCAAGAAAGCAAAGAUGACUCAGAAAGCUCAGCAGAGGAAGACGAACAUCUCCAGAUAUCUGCCCAUUCCCACACAUCGCUCCAUCGAAAGCCAGCUGCAGGUGUUUCCUGGUCCUGAGGUCACGUACAGCGACUUCCUGGACGCCAUCGACCGCAGAGAGGACACGUUCUACGUAGUUUCUUUCAGACGGGACCACCUGCUGCUUCCAGCCAUAAGCCACAACAAAACCGGCCGCCCCAAAAUGUCUCUGGUGAUGCCAGCAAUAUCUGUUAAUGAGAGCCUGUAUAACUCGUCUCAGGGCUACGAGAUGAUGAUGCAGGUCGACUGUGAGGUCAUGGACACGCGAAUCAUCCCCAUCAAGGCGUCUGCUGUCCCUCCGUCUCUUCGCGACCCCCCUCCGCCGCCGCCUGCCUCCUCCCCCCACCACAGCCAUCACCACGGCAACCACACUUCGCUCAGAGGACGCCACCAGCAUCACCCCUCGCCCUCGUCUUCGUCAGCGUCUCCCAGGCAACGCUUACCUGGGCGCAGACGGACGUCUGACUAUCUAAUCAGUUAGUCAGGAGGAACAGAGUCACAGAGAAAGCAGUUGAGGCAAAGCUGUGGGAUUUCUAGAAUAUUUCCUCCUCUUGACUUCAGGUAAAAUUUCUGUCUGAGCAGUAAUUACUAUAUCCCUAAACUUGAGUAAGACUGCUAAUGGACAAAGUUGUUUCCUGAGUCUCUGAGUCUCAUUAAUCCAGUCAUGAGGCUCAACUUUAAUGUGAAAUGCAGGUUAAUGAGAGUGAAGCAGCAGUAGGUUUGAAGGUUAGUGCCUUGCUCAGGGAUCCUCCUCCUUCCUGUUCCCGGCACAUAAAACCAGUCCAGCAGCUCAAUAAUCCUCCCCCUCGUGGAACUGGUGACAUUUACUUGUGUUUGUUCUAUGGAACUGUGUUGUUGUUGUUGUUUUGAAGACUAUUAUUUAAUAACUGUAAAUAUGAGUGUUUGCUCUGUAGAUAUGUUUUCUAUUUUUUUUUAACCUGCUCAUAGUGAGGUUGAAAGAAACGAUGAAUUAAUGGUGAGAUGUUGAAUAUUUGUGUUCAUGGUUGAACAUCUCUCCUCAUUCAUGUAUGGAGAUAUUCUAUAUACAGUUUUUAUUGUACAGAAGUAACUUGCCCGAAGGUGCAGGAACAGGCUGAGUGAAGGUCCACUUGACACACGCUUGUUAGGUUUGUUUGACUUUUGCUUUUCAUCUGGCCAACAUGAAAUAUUUUCUUCACGUUUCAACAGUUUGUUGUUUUAUAAUCAAGUCUAGUCUCUGAAGCUUAUGCAGAACGUGCUGCCUCAGAAUCAGCGACUUAAUCUGCCCUCUGACAAGUUAUUCACCACUGUUCAAUCAAUGAGUGUUUUAAUGAAGGCUAGCAGCCUCCAGUCCUUAUGCUAAGCUAAGCUAACGUCUCGGCAAGAAAGUGAGGAAACUUGUGUGAAAUGGCCAGAACCUGAACCUGAACUUGGACCUGGACCUCCUGAGAAACCUUUGUCAGUGAAGCUUUGUUAUUGGUGUCUGUUUUUUUGUUUGUUUGUUGUUGUUUUUUUACUGAGUGAAUUUGUUUUUUUGGGGGGGUUGAGCUACAGGGAAAUGUUGGGUGUGAAGUGCAGCAUUGUGUGCUUUCAUGCAUCACAGAUGAACUAUUUAAUUAUAUGCAAAUGUUUUGGGCAAUAACAGCAAUAUUUGUCAACUCGUCUGUAUUUUUUUUACUUUUGUCCUUGAAGCACAGGCUGCAGAGAACCGGGUUCUUGAGCUUCUGCUGGUGCAUGGGUUAAUUUUAAUAAGAAAUCAAAUGGAAGCUUUGAUGCUGUAGCUACGUUUAAGUUUCAGAAGCAGCCUGAUGUGACUGAACGUGAGUGGAAGCGGAAUGUAAAUACGAUGUUUUCUCUAUUUGAAAAUCAGAACAUGUAAAUAUCCUUAAUUCUUCCCGGACGAGAUGUUUGUUACGCUUUGUUUGCAUUUAAUUUGAUGAAGACGACGAACCUGUUUGGCGCUUCAUUUGCAUGUGCUUCUUUUUUAACACACUUUCAUAAUAAAACAUUUACAACUGAUGAUCACAAACACUUUUAA